GAUGCUCAUAAUGCAUCAGAGUAAAAAAAUGCAGCCUGUCUAAGACUUGCACAACAGUGUAUAUAGAUAGACAGAUCAUAAAGUGUAUUUUACAUUUAUUUUAAAUUCAUUCUGCCACAUCUGAUUUUUAUAUUUAUAGUGGUUUUGCUAACAAAAUAUUCCAAUGAGUUUCAAGUGUGCAGUUUUCGGUUUGCUCUAUUUUCCAUUUAAGGCACUCUAUCACCUCUGCAGAGUCAAGCAUCCUACUGGCCGAAAAGCAUAUCAGUAUUUAGGGGAGUGCCUGGUUGGACCCUAUUUCCACCUGCAACAUUACAAAUAGCACACACAUUCUGUAAUAAUUCACGGGUGAAGAAGGAAUCGCAUUGCAUCACAUAGUGUUUAUUCCAGAGUUUAUUUGGAUGUCUUACGUAACCAGUCACUCGACGCUGCAUUUCCUUUUCAGUGACUCAGUCUCCCUCUAGUGGCUGCUAGUAAUAGUAAUUAGAAACCUCAAGAAACACUGUCGCACAAGUUUUGUACAAUAUAAAUGUGCUUGUUAAGCCCGUGCCUUAGAAUUUUAGCACUGUGUAUAGCGUCUGUUUGUGAACUUGUUUCUUGGUUAUAAGAUUAUGUAUAUGUUAACUGAACACUAGAGGGCUCAGUUGCUCUCACAGAGGAAGAUUGGAAGGCACCACUGCGCGUUGAGUUUUUUGUUUUCCUUUUAGGUUAGGAGCGCCCGGUAUCCAUGGAAACCAUAAGCAGUCAGUUUGCUUGGACAGCAGCAGCGCACGGUUUUGGUACAGUCACAUAUAGGCCUAUUCUAUUAAAUAACCACAGAUCACAGAUAUGUCUGACGUUCUUGUACUGAGAGCAAUACAAGGAAAUGCAAAAGCUUUAAACUUGAACAGUAAGAAGCUAAAAAGAGUCCCGAAGGCUGUUGGGAAACUAACUUCGCUUUCAAUUCUGCAGCUGCAAAAUAACAGUAUUGCAACACUGCCAUGCGAAGUUGAAUCACUAAACAACCUGACAGAGCUCAAUAUAGGAAAUAAUGUCCUUGAAGAGGUACCAGUGGUACUGAAGCAGCUUAAAUCACUAAGGAAACUUCACUUGUUUGGAAACCGGAUUGAAAAAAUACCCUGCAGUGUUUUCGAUGGUCUGAGAAAUUUAGUCCUCCUGAAUCUGAACAACAAUAACAUCUGUGAAAUACCACCAGAUAUCCAAUGGCUUAUUAACCUCAAACAACUUAGUUUAAACAACAAUCAGCUGAAAUCACUUCCUUUAGAGCUGUGCUUCCUCAAGAAACUUUCAGAGCUUCAGCUGUCCAAUAAUAACCUCACAGCAUUGCCUCCUGAGUUCUGCUUACUAGCAAACCUUACCAAGCUACAUGUGUCCAGGAACUGUCUGAACGAGCUCCCUGAAGGGAUUCACAAAUUAAGAAAACUUAGAGUGAUAGAUGUGGCAGGAAACCAGCUGAAGAUGUUUCCAGCAACUUUCAAUGAACUGUUACUGGAUGAACUUUACUGUGAAGAAAAUCCUUUCCUUCAGAAAAAGCUUGUCCCAUCUAUACAAGACGAGGAAGUCUUAUCUUUAAAGGAGAUCACAGCACGGUGUAUUCUAAAGGAGCUGAGAGUCCGUCUCUCUGAAGUCCGAGUGGCUAUCACACACUAUCCAGAGGUUAGGACUAUGCUGUCUGAAGCAAGCAUGUGCGCCUUGUGUGGGCAGGGCUUUCUGAACAUUUGGCUGGAAUGCGUGAAGUUUGUAAAUAUAAGGAAGGAGAUGAAGAUUACCAGUAAAAUCAACACCAUACCAGUGAGAGCUUUGCUUUGCUCCUACAAAUGCUUUAACCAACAGGGCCAUGAUUAUUAUGGUGUUGCAGUACCAUAACAACACAUUUAUAUCAUUCUGACUCAACUGUGCUGAACAUCCCAAGCCCAAUUUGCAUAUUAUGAUAACAUCUAAAUUAUUACAACUGAGCUUUUGGUAUUACUGCACCAGCUUCAUUUCCCCUGUAUUUCCUGUAAAAAGCUGUUGCCACAUUUCCAUCUUCACCAUGAAACUCCCAUCAUUUUCCAAAAUCAAACUGGAGCUGCUUCUAUAGUCUAGAAUCCAUUCUUCAAUCUAAAACAAACAUUAAAGACCUUUUACAUAUAUCACAUUUUUGUGUAAUUGCCAUUUAUAGUAUAAUACAUUACAAAAAAGUAGGUUUAAGAAAUGUAACACUUUGAAAGAUUUGUGCCAACACACAAUCCUAACAAGAUUUGAUUUUCAAACUCUGUGGCAUAUAAACCUUAUGUCAAUAUUGUUCUUAUUUUCCCAUACUAUUUUAUAGGAAUAUCCCAAGUGAACAUUUUCAGUUGCUAGUCCACCGUUCUUAUGAACUGCUGCAAGUCUAUUAUACACUCUAGCACCCUCUAGUGGAUACAGUGCAAAAAAGCAUUAGGAAGAUAAUGAUUUUUCUAUAUACUGUAUAUUCUUUAUAUUCCUUAUGGUAUAUAAAGAAUAUAAUCAUUUAUGACAUUUGCAACAGGGCGAUGUUACAUACGUGGGUCGUCACUGAAUAAUACUGAAUCAGACACAGAGCAGCUGGUGUUGAUACGCUGCACAGGCUUGCAGAUUUAAUUGCAACACAAGCCCUUACACUAGGGUACCAACAAUUGUAAUCCUAUCGCCGGAUUUAAUAAUGAAAACAAAACACAACAAAGCUAAAAAUAAAAGUUUGCCCACAAAUAGCGAGCACUAGACCCACUAAAAGGAACGUCCCACUCCAGGAACCUACUACACUACUAACCCUCACUGCACUUAGUUUGGGAUUAAAACCCCUAAACUGAGCUAUUUCUGAGCUCCUGACAUCCCGACAUCCUCACGGCAACUCUUCAGACGGUCUCAGCUGAGCAGUGCCUUCACGAGCAACAUCUUGGUGGAAGGGUUUCAUGCAGUUGUUCAGCUCCCACCUGUGUAGCUAUGGCAUUGCAGUUGCCUUGAACGUUGCCGCCCCCCCCCUCCCCAGCGAACCAGCGACAGGAUCCUCCCUGUCACAACAUUAUUUUUUAAAAUCUAUCCAACAUAACAAAUCCAAGCCUGAUGUUCACUUUUACUGGCUUUUGAAACCUUGUCAGCACAAUGCAUGCAAGUCACAGCUUGGAUCCUUCCACAUGUGAACAGUUCUAUGAAAUAUAUCCUGACAUUUUCAUCCUGGAAUAAAUAGCCAUAUGUGUUGCUGAACCUGUUUUGACACAGGUGUGUUCCCAGAGGAAUUCCUGAGAUUGCAGUUUAUUCAAAGCAGACCCAGCCAUGGCUGUUGCAGUGCCCAGACACUAUAUUACACCCCCCCACCCCCCACCCCCCCAUUUCCCUUAUGCUUUGCAGUUGGUACUGAACUGGUCUUGUCAGUUUGUUUUUCUUGUUUGCCUGUUUACCAUAUGUAUUUACUUUAUUAAACAGUGUCUAGAAGCUUUGAUAUAUCACUUGAGGAUUGUUUAUUGUAUACUUAUAUUAGCCCCCCAUGUUGUCCAGAUCAGGGUGUUAGGGUUACGGUUAGGGUGAUUUUGUUAUUGAGAUAAAUGUGUAACUUACAUGGUCAUUCAGACCCUGAUAGACCAAAUUCUGAAUUGGUGUUUCCUCCAUUUUUGGCUGAUGAUACAAUAACAUAAAGUAGUGUGCUAGUUGGUGCAGAGAAGAUGUGUCUAUGGAAAACAAUAAGUGCAUACAAAUAAUAUUAUUAUCAUUUAAAAGAUGUUUAAAGUGCUGUCCAACAAAUUAAUUAACAAAAGGGGUUGCGUAACCCCUAUUAUCCCACUUGAGCUGGAAUGAUGCAUUAACAAGAACAUUUCAGAUGGGUGACAUGACUCCACAUACUGCUCUCUAACAAGUUGAGGAAUUGACCAUGCUUUGUCAUACUUAUCUUUACCAUGCUUACCUAUGAAUUUUACUUAAGUAGUAAGUCUUGACACACAGGGCAUUACUUAAGCCUUUGGUUUAAUUAACCACCAAUAAAUCACAAGAUGUAAAGUAUAAUAUGUAUAUUUUUAAAAACUCUUAAAUAUUAAUAUAGAGAAUCAAUAACUUAUACCCCACCAAUAUCUUAGUCAUGGUGCCCUAAGUGAAACAGGAAAGGCCAUAGAUAGUUUUAUUUAUGUAUUUACACAGCUCUGUGAACCUUUGAUUUCUCAAGGUGAUAAACAUGAAUGUAUGGCUCAUAUCCCUAUUCUAUGGAAGAAAAGUUAAUGAUCUUAAACCAUACAACCCUGUAAAUGCAAGUGAUCUGGGUAAAAGAAUAGAAAGUAUGUUUAAUAUGGCAGAUCAAUAUGAGGCAUAAAGGUCAGAGGAGUGAUUGCUUUGACAUAACAUAAGAAACAAACAAUUAUGUUCAUCAUAAGAGUGCACUUGAAGAGACAGAAACCUGUGGGCAAACCAAAGAUGUUUGUUUGCCUUUCUUUUAUACCUCGCUCAGCUGUAUGUUUAUUUUUACACCCCCAGUUAUUUUAAUUAAGUCAUUGCAAAAUGGUAUGGUAUGGCAUUUUCACAUCCUAAACCUUCUCCUCUCUUUAAAUGAAGUUUAGCUAGAUGAUAUUUUUUCCAAACUGAGGGUUAAAGGUGGUGAGCUUUCUCAAUUUCACAUGAAGCUUUAUAAGCUUUAAUUUUUUAUUAAAAAUCUUAUCUCUUCUUUGAACCUAGUGUAGGACAUAUAUGUCUUGAAAAUAUAUGUCUAAUCCCUGUCAAUUCUCUGUGUUUACUACUCAGUGGUGCCCUGCUCAUACGCCUGUCUGUCUAUCAUGGGGUUGCAUUUUGCAUGCUAAUUUACAAUACACUUUAAGUUUUGUCAUGUUUCCUUUGGCUAAUACACAUACUAAGCAAUGAUAUAUUUUAAUACUUUGUCCCCUUUGGCUUGCA